AAACGUUCCCAGUCUCACAGUUCUCACUGUAGCUUUGGACUCUGACUUUGCAAUACUUGGUGUUCUCCUUCUCUCUGUCGUUGAUCACCCAUUCAAAGGCGAUAAUUACCAUGCAAUCCGCGGGAGAUCUCUCAGACUCAUUAAACAGGGCUUUGUCACCGACUGGCUGGGAUGAUGUAUCGGAUUACAGUGCACGGCGUGCGAUCUUUCAAGAUGUUUACCGUUGCUUCCCUGCAUGCUUCAUCGAAAAAUCAAAUCUGGAAAAUGGUGGUAAAAUUAUCAUGCCCCCUUCAGCCCUGCGUCGGCUUGCAUAUUUGGACAUAGAGUAUCCUAUGGUAUUUGAACUGAGAAAUUCUUCUGCUGAAAUUGUUACUCACUGUGGAGUCCUAGAAUUUACUGCUGAUGAGGGGAUUAUACAUAUGCCAGAAUGGAUGAUGAAAAAUAUGAAACUACAAGAGGGAAACACUGUGAUUCUGAAAAACACCCAAGUUCCAAGAGCAACAUAUGUGAAGCUGCAGCCUCACACCAAGGACUUUUUGGACAUCUCCAAUCCAAAAUCCAUCUUAGAGAUUUCACUGAGGAGCUACUCUUGUUUAACAACCGGUGACACUAUAAUGAUUCCUUACAACAACAAGAAAUAUUACAUUGACAUAGUGGAAACUAAGCCCUCUAAUGCAAUCAGUGUAAUUGAAACAGACUGUGAAGUUGAUUUUGCUCAACCUCUUGAUUACAUAGAACCUGAGAAACUGUUGCCAUCUGCUUCAUCUGAUAAAGGAUGCACUGAAGUUCAUGACGAUUCGGCAACACAGACUGCCCAGAUCGUUCCAUUCACUGGUUUUGGAAGACGUGUGGAUGGCAAACCUUGUACACAAUCAGUUGAAGAAACUUGUUCAAUGCUAAAUCUGCUAAAGACUGAAAAAGAAACCAAGAAUUGCAAUUCUAAAAUAUCAAAUACUGCUUCACGUAGAGCUUCUGGAAAGCUUGUGUUUGGGUCAAAUGCAAAUACACCCAAAAUUCAGACACCCCCAAAGGCUUCUCUGAAAAUAAAAACUCAAGAGUCAUCUAAGAAGGAGGAAGAGUCAAAAUUUCAAGCUUUCACGGGAAAGAAGUAUUCCUUAAUUGAUUGAUCUUUGUUUUAAACUAUAAAGCUAUGCAGACUUCUGCAGGAAUUUUUCUUGCUUCUUGUUUGUGACCUUUUUCCACUUCAUCAUCAAUAAAUAUCGUUUUGCAUUUUCAAAAAGAAUUAAUCGAUCUUUAGUUUAGUCAACAUGGCCUUAGAGUUUGAAGUACAGUAUUGCUUGAUUUACUACUUUGCCUUUGUUUCAACCUCAUAGUAAGUUGUCAUUAAAAGUUAAAACCGUUCCUUUAUCGUGAAUGGAGAGACAUGAGCGAAAAUAUUCCUUACAAGGAACUUGAACAUUCUUGGUUGUAGAUUUCAUGUAUCCAUGCGUUCAUAAUAUUUUAAGA